GUGAAUGGUUCUUCCAUGACGUUGUUGGGUGAAGCUCAAGAGGAUGACAGAAGGCUGAUUUCCGAGCUAGUCCUUGCUAAAAUGCAGACUUUGUGCAGGCCUGUGGCACAGUCCUUGAGUAAAGCCACAAGUAGCCAUGCCAUUCUUCAUCAAGUCAAUGGAUCUCAUCAAAGUGGCCCCUACCCUGGUAAUGCUGGCAAGCCACCACAAAACAGACAACCUGAUGGACCCAUGCAGCCGCAACCAGGCCAGAUGAGGGGGUCUCCUAGUGGUCAGCUAGGGGCUGGCAACCAGCCAUCUCAUCUCAGUAAUCCACCACCACAACCUUUCCCAACACCUGGUACUGGACCUCAUGGUAUGACACGAAUGGCCAGUAAAGAUGAAGAAGACACUAUGAAGAAUUUAAGAAAGACGUUUGCAGGCAUUUUUGGAGAUAUGUAG